CCAGUCAGUAUUUUACUCACUUUAAGUUUGAAUUUGAGGUCGACUACAGGAUGUGCGAGAGGAAUAUUGAACUUCUCGUCUCACUAAGGGUCUUCGGUGUCAAAAAUGGAACUCGUGCCAGCCACAGUAGUUUCAGCCACCAAAACGGUAACCCUGUAGGAUUUAUUCACUCUUAUCUUCACUUGGUGGUUAUCGGACAAUACAGGAGCAUUACAGCUACUGAGAAAGCGAUUUACCUUAGACAACUCACCUAAGGCUCUUGCUCCAAUGGUUCUCAAUUUUAGAUUACCAUGAAGCAGAAUAAACUUCUCUGCUUUCCUUUCUCUUAACAAAGAAGACUGCUUCGCUGAAUUUCUACCCAUGGGAGUAUUAGAUCAGUGCACUCUCCACCAUAAGUCUUUGCAGGGAGCUAUGAUGGCGGACAUUGUUUGGCAUGGACAACGUACUGUAGAUUUUCCGAUGAGGUCUUGAAGUGUAAAUCAGAAUCAAAAACUGGCUCCUCUUUAGUUAGGUCUUUCUACUCAGCAAAACUGGCCUUCCCGUAAUAACAGUGAUGAUGCCAGUGAAAGAGGAAGGCUUGCAUUGCAGGAGGAAUGGCUUAUGGGUGGCAGGGACCUGAAGGCAGUUAGUUUGGAGGUAGAAAGACCUUCAAAGGGACUAAAUAAUGAGAACAGAGAGAAGAUGAAUGCGUGAAGCUGAUCGUGCAUCUAAGAUAAUGGUAGAUCUGGUAAGUUCUCCCGGUAAGAAGAAAGAGGCUAAGGAAGGCACAAAGUGGGAUCUGUUAAUUUUGGAAGCUGAGUGUGCAUCUAAGAUAUAGGUAGAGCUUUGGUGGUGAGGGAGGGGAGUAACAGCCGUUCUCCACUAUAGGCUAAAGUUUACACGACCCGGUUCAGUUGUCGCGAUUGGCUAGUAGCUGACGAUGCUCAUAGGGGAGUCAUAGCGGUAAUGUUUUGCUUAAGCUUUUGCUUUGCCCCUGAUUUCAAACAUCAUAGACAGUUUACGAUCGUGUUUGAGGAACUAAUUGAUGCUGGAAAUUAAUGACAAAGAAAAGA